GGCGUUUUAGUGAAGCGAGGCGCUGUGAUUGAAGUGCGAGGAGGACGAACGUGUGCUUCUGUUGGACUAUUUGGGACUUUUUGACAAGUAGUGUUUCUCUUUUUUCGUUUCAUUUUUAAAAGUUGAAUUUCUACCGACCUCCCCGUCUACGCGGCUGUUUGAGCUCCACCGUGUCCUAAGAAGAAUCAUGCUGAAGCUCUGCAUCGUGUUGGUUUUAUCCGCCUCCGUCUGUUCAGAGUCGCAGGUGAGGGAAACGGAGACAUGGAUGCCCAUGAAGUCCACAAAGACGGCUGCCUUGUCGACACGCAGCGACAUGGAAGCAUCAGGAGACUCCCUGAACGGCUCAGACUUCGCUUUUACAGAUGAGGAAGACGUGGAUGAUGAUUACUCAGACACUCUGUACGACGACGAGGACGAGUAUGACGACUUCUCUGGCUCUGGAGGUCAAGAAGCAACUGUGUCACCUGGUGGAAAGUCCAGGCCAUCGGUUAAUCCUGAUAUGAACAAGAUCCCAGAGCUGGUGUUGCCUCCGCGCCCAACUGUCGACGAGGUGGGCAUCGUCCGGGAGAGAAACGAAAUCCCAGCGCUGCGCAACCAACCUGUGGACGCUGAGGAGAAUCUAUCCAACGUCCUCAUGUCCCACACCAGCGAAGACAGCAUCUUCAAUAAGAAGGAGGUGCUCGCUGCUCUGAUCGCAGGCGGCGCCGUCGGCCUCAUGUUCGCCAUCCUCCCCAUCGCCCUCCUCAUCUAUUGCAUGAAGAAGAAGGAUGAGGGCAGCUAUGAUUUGGGGAAGAAGCCCAUCUACAAGAAGGCCCCCACCACGGAGAUCUUUGCGUAGACCCUGACCUCCACCUCCCAUCCCUUCCCCCAACCCUCCAAGCCAAUCAGGGCCCACGCCGGCCUCUCAGUGCCUCGUCGUAGUCCUCAUCUUCAUAGCUCCUCCUCCCGUCUGGCUGUACAGUGGAGCGACGCACUAACCAAUCAGAGCCAAUCCAUUGACUGACUUUUCUACCUGAUGCAUAAAGUUCUCAUUGGUACAACCAAUCCAAGGCUUUGUUGGGCCCGAGUCCCUGGACUAUUUCAGCUGCGGUACGCCAUUUGUUGUUUAGUUUUUUUUUUUUUUGUCCCAGUGUCAAAAAAGACCAACAGAACUUAAACCGAGGACCUGGAGAACUUCACCUUGUCUUUGUCAUCUCCUCCUUUCCUCCACUUUCCAGUUAAAAACACUAACACUGUGCAAUGAUUGUUGGUAAGGUACACAUUAACAGUCCAGUUAUUUAUUUCCUACCAACCGGUUUCUUGGACUGAAGCUUCUCACAUUACUGUAGAAAAUGAAUUUAAUGAACCCUUCUUUGUUUAAAACUCCUUGUAAUACAGAGAGAUUUAAGAAGUUUCAGUUUUAUUAUUAAAGAAUGACAAAAGUUAAAGUUGAAACUGAUUUUGAUUCCAACAAAUACAUUGUUACACUGUGGUUUUAUGUUAUCAAGUGAUUUUUUUUUAAAGCUCCACGGAGAGAAGAGAUAUAAAAAAGGUCAUCAAGAGUUCACAAAUGAUUGUUUAGCCUCCUAUUAAACUCGCUACAAACUCCAAAGUCAUGGGACGGUUGGGUUCACAGGAGGUAAAGGUAGACGGAGGUUGAGGAUGAACAAUGAGGCUAAUUGGUGGUUAUUUUCCUGUGGUAGACCCAGAUCUGGGACCGUACACCAGCCUACGGUCCUGCUCUGUAAACCAGAGGCAUCAGGUGAACGGCUUCUCUCACACUGGGAAAACCCUGUUACUCCAAUAAGACAUUUUGCCAGUUGAUCACUGGCCCACGUAGCUACUGAAGCAGGCAGCAGUAGGGCGGGGCUCCAGCAGUGUGACUCCUGCUGCGCCUCCAGGGCUGCCUUUCUGUUCUUACAGUGAAGUUGGCUGCCGCAGCCCGACACGCCUGCAUUCCUCACACAGGAGCAGGGUCAACACUAGAUUAGAGGAUUAGUGUGGCAGGACAGUGAAGUACCUGUGUGUGUGCUUUCAUGCUGAAAGUCACAUGACUGAUAACACUUGUGUGUACUGUAAAUAUUGACCCUGUGAUCAGCUGCUUGGCUUUGAAUAAGGGUGAAACCAUCUGGCUGUGUCCAAUAGAAGGGAGCAGGCGUGUGGCCGUGCGAUAGCUCAGCUCAUAAAAAGCUUAGGUUCAACUAAAUUUAAGAUUGGCGGCUCCCUGAGCAUCUCUAUCUCUGUGAAGCUUCCUGGUCCAUCUGUACCUGCUGCUUUUAAUGCAUCCAGUAAAUAUGUGAUCGUUUGUCCAUAAAUAUCAGCGUUAAGCUCUGUGAUCGGAGAAACCGGUAGAUUUUCAUACUUCUCGUUUGUUUUUCAGUCGUGCUCGAUGCUCAGUUCUUCUCAAUAAGCUACAUAUGGUUUGUUAUUUCCAGUAUGGGUCCAGUAUGUCGUUGAGCAGCGUUUAUGGCUCACAUUUCACAAGGCAGCACUGCUUUACCGGGCUGCUUUACCAAGGGUUUGUACAUAGUCAAUAAAGAGAUAAAAUGACCUUGGUGUUCAGCCGCAUGCUGGCAACAAACAAUAUUUACCAAAUAUUUAAAUGCCAAAUAGUUCCUGUUUCGUUUCCCUCAGCAGUAAUGGAUGUGAUUCACUGUGAGUUUUAACGUGACCAAUUCUAAUACUAACUCGCCUCCUCGUUGUUCUCCAGUGCUUUUCCUGCAGUAGAUCAACUUUUUCCUUUUUCAUAUUAUUUAACUGUCAAAUUAUUUUAUUGCCUUCUUUCAGGUUGGGGCGUUAUGCCCUUUUUAAGCUGUUGUUCAUGUGAUUUUAAAGUUUUAUAUUCACUAGUUUGUGAUUUCAGAGGCAAAUAGUUUUGAAACUUUUUAUUUUGUAAGAGUUUCUAUUACCUUUUUAGACUUUUGCUUUUGUAUUUAUGUUUGUUUGUAGGAUUGAUGCUGUGGCUCAUCUCAUUCUGAUGGGAUGCUGUACUCGUACACCAUGCAUUCAGGAGCAGACCUGGGCUGGUUCUUAAACGGCCUGGGACGCAUUUGGAGACAUGUUUUUGUAAAAUUCCAGAUUCCUGUUUCCUCAAGCUGCCAAGCAGUGAUUAAAGCAACUCAUGAGGGCAGUUAUCUCCCUGAAAGCACUGCAGUAGUCUGUGCUGGUCCCCAUCUCGGUCCUGGUCCAGGUCCAGGUCCUGAUCCAGGUCAGGUCUGCUCCCUGAGCUUGGACACGUUCUGCUGCUUCAAGCAGCAUGUGUGAAUCAGCAGUGGAGUGAGGAGCCACUAUUGGUUUCUACAUGCAGGUUGUGAUUCAUUAAUGGGAAUAAAGCUAUUUUUAUGCACAUUAA